GAUUGGAACAGAAGUGCCCUUUUCAAAGAGAGGACGUUAUGGGGUCAUAUAUAAUUCUGUGGCAAGUCAAUUGGCACCUUAUCAUGUGGAACUCGAAGCAGACUCAACUUCUGAUAUCACUGAAGAAAAGAUGCUUCAAAAGCUGGAAGAAGCAGCAGGAACCAUAUCCAAAGUUAUGGAAAUAAGUGACAUAGAGGGUAGACAGGAAAGAGGUUUUACACAAACACAAUUGCAGAAUACUUCAGGUAGAAUUGCUGGCAAAUCAAUUACAACUACAAAAAUGGCUGCAGUGAGUUCUCGGGGUGCACCAGUAACUUUUUCGCCUGAUGUUUCUGAUGCAAUAGCUGAUGUGAGAUCAGACGACAGUCCAACAAACUGGUUGCUUGCUGGGUAUGAAGGAGGGAAUCCUAAAUCACAAAUAUUGAUGGUCAAGUCUGGAGUUGAUGGUCUUGCUGGACUGACAGAGUUGUUGAAGACUGAUUUGGUGUAUUAUGGAUUGUUGCGAGUCAGUGAUGAAAUAGAUGACAUCCGUACAGUCAAAUUUGUAUACAUUACUUGGGUUGGUAAUGAGGUGAAACCAAUGACAAAAGCCAAGGUGGCAACCCACAAGGGCAUUUGUGGUGAGAUGUUCAAACCAGCACACAUUGAGGUGUAUGCAUCAGAAUUGGCAGAUUUAUCAGAGACAGAGAUAAUUAACAAGGUGAAGGCAGCAUCUGGGACCAGGUCUUAUGUAAGGUCUUAGAAAUUCAACACCAUCACAAUGCACUAUCUGGUACAUAAUUAUGUUGGGGGCCCAGGGAGAUUUGGUCAGGCUUGUAGAGUCAAUGAUAAACAAAAAGUAGGUUACACCACUGCUGAACACACAACUUUGAAAGUUGUCGUGUCAGCAGAUGGAAGUUGCUUAGCAGCUCGUAUGGAAACUCCAUUAGGUGAUUUGAUUGACCACUGAAAUCAGCACAGUGGGCAUUCACCUAGUUCCACCAGCUGAUUCCCUGGUACAAUAAGUCACAUUUGUAAUAAUUACAUUAAUUAUGUAUUUUAUGAUCUGCCACAUAAUAUUAUUACAUGUAAUAUGGAAUCAUCUCAUGUCAGCGACAAUCCUGAUAUCACAUGGUACAUAAUCACUAUAUUUUUCUAUAUUAUUUAAUUAAAAGGGGAACAAAGUUGGAAAAUCUUUCUAGCUCUAUUAUUUACUAAGGAAGUAACAUUUUAAUGAGAUGGUUUUAUGCAAUUAUAUUAAUGCAAGAGGGAUAUAUUGGUUUAAAAAAUCAUGAUAGAAAAAGUGUUUAAGUAGUGUUAGAGUAAUAUUAACAAUCAGGCGCCUGACGAACAAAUUUAAAAAAAGAGACAGAGUAGCAGCUAAUGAAGAUGUCAACUGCCACAUCUCGGCACCCCACCAACAAAAGUCUAUAAACAGCUGUCAUCGGACAAAAGAUAAACAUCCACUGAUGGGAUAUUUGAUAAUAGAGUUCUCUUAUACAUUGAGGCCCCCCCCCCCCC